AUGAAGCUGAGACAAAAUUGGGCACUGCAGGAGCUAGUGGAAGCGUUUCUCAAGGCCCGACCGGCUAUCUUGAAGUUUGCGGAAAGCCCAAGAGAGCCAGACGGUGAAGCGCGUGAGAGAUAUCGAAAGAGAAAGAUUGAAGACACAGACGCAGAGGACGAGGAGUAUUCAGAAGAGCCCCAACCUCGACGACUCUUUACACGAUCACGCCGCGGGCACAGGUCAACUCCACAAUCUGAUGCCGAUGAAUUCUCUGUACAGCAAGCGCUAAACGAUGAACCCAACGAUGGCCUGGCGGCUUGUCCGAUUUGUGAUAAGCGAAUGAAAGAGGAACAGGUCUACUCUCAUCUGGACGUGCAUAAUGGCGGUAGUCGCAACUCAACCAAGGCGCAACCAACUUCAAGGAACUCGCCUUAUUUUGCGCAGAAACCGGAUUCCAGGCCACCGAAGGCUGUGGAACGUUUGCCUCAAAUUAACUAUUCAUUGUUGAAAGACGGGGCAUUGCGUAAGAAAAUGGAGGAACUAGGUAUUCCAAGCAACGGACCAAGGCAACUCGUGAUUCGGAGACAUACCGAAUGGGUAAAUCUUGUGAACGCAAAUUGUGAUUCUAAGUUUCCAGAAACAAAGCGUAAUUUAUUGCGAGACUUGGACAAUUGGGAUAAAAUCCACGGUCGUCAACUUGCGAACGGUACUGCGACGAGCAGCGCUUCUGUAAUGAGCAAGGACUUUGACGGCAACGCAUGGGCAUCUAAUCAUCAAAGUAAUUUCAAGAACUUGAUAGCACAGGCCCGGACAAAACGGCAACCUGUGCGUCAAGAAACGAGCACAGACACUCAUAGAUCUGCAGCUCAACGGCCCGAGAACAAUGAAGAUGUCACAAUGCUUGAAGGGAGCAAUGCCAUGGAUAUUCAUGAAAGAGUCUACGCAGAUGGCCUUUCACUGCCUAAACGCGUCGGGUCUCCAUCAUCUUCCUCUCAAAGACCAAAAGUCGACCAAGGAUGA